AUCUACCUGCCCUUUAAGGGUGUAUUAAGCUAUUCUGCCAGAUCUACAAGCUAUCCAGGCAGUGAAUGUCUUGGACCCAGGUUUAUGUAUCUGGCUGGCCGACGCAAGAAGAUACUUCGGUUGAAUCUAUCGAAGGAAAACUGAAGUUCAUUUUACAUUCUGAUACGACGUGGGCCGGCGAAGGCUCGACCAUUCUCAAACAGACCAGAAAUGGAUCGUCCUACUGCUUUCUUUCAUUUCUAUCAUUUGACGGAGCUUUGGCUUUCGUGGACACUUUGCGGGAAUUUUCUGGGCAGAACGAAUGCAUCGUCGGUCGCCUCAAGGCCGAAAUAAGCCAGCCCAAAGCCAAAGGGUCCAAAGGGAAGAAAUCCAUUUCGACCGGCGCAGCAGACAACGUGCGACUGCGCCGCAAGCGAGCUCCGCCAAUUCGCAAACAUCCCGUCAAGAAGAGUUCGGCGCCGCCCAAGAAAUGACCAUAACUAUAUCCUAACGUCGACGGUCGAAGAUGGAGGAAAAGUUGGAAGCAUUGACUGGACGAACAGCAAAUGAUUUCCAUUACAGGAAGAUCCUAGUCUGCAUCUCUUCCAGCACCUUUUCCAGUUUUUGUGGAAUGUAGGCUCGACGCGCUGCUUCCGAUUUCGACGCGGCAGAAGGCUGGACUUCGGGGUGGUCGUCGUUUUGGGUUCGAAAGAAAAGAGGCUGUUCUUGAUGAUUUGGGCCCUCGUUUGCCUGGCGUUCGUGUACCGCUACACAAUGUCUUGAGGGCGAAGACGGCCGGCCUAACAUGUCGACGAUAUGUAGCUUGACUGUAAAACACUCAAGAGUAAGCUGGCGGAAGGAGGCCGACCGGGUGAGAUAUUUCUACCUUCUCUUUGAAAAGAAUCACGUCACAAGAGCAUUUUAUUUUGCAAUGCAGAUCAAUGCUCUGACCCACUGUUGAUACUCUCGUAGUUAUGGUCCAAUAGCUUGUAUCUAUACUUGGCAGUCAAUAGUCUACGCUCCCACCGGUCU